AUGAGCCAUCCUGCAGCAGCAGAGAGAUGCGACGCCAGUGCUCUUGCUAAAGAACUUGCUGUGGCUCAGCAAGAACUAUGUGAAGCUCAAGCUGCAAAAGCUGCACUGCAAAAGGAGUUACAACAUUUGUUACUACAAUUGCAUUCAGCUCAACUGCAAGUAUCUGCUCAGAUGGGACAUGCAGAAGAUUCUGAGGCAAUCAAACAGAAACUAGAGAAUGAAAUGGAACAAUACAGAACGAAUGUUUAUAAAGAAACGCUAACAGAAACACAAAUUCAUCAACUCAGACGAGAAAAUGAAGUGUUGAGGCAAUGCAAUAUUGCACUUCAGAGUGAGGUCUUUGGCUCACGGCUUGCUGCAAAAUACCUUGAUAAGGAAUUAGCAGGAAGAAUUCAACAGAUUCAGUUGCUCGGGAGAGAUCUAAAAGGAGGGGACCAUGACCGAUUAUGGGAACAACUAGAAGCAGAAAUUCAUCUUCAUAGACAUAAAACUGUGAUACGUGCUUGUAGGGCACAGAGUGGAUUAGGUAGUAAAUUAGUAUAUCCACCUGGGCAUGAUUUUCUUUUGCUAAAGAAGAAACAGGGAAUAGGAGAAGUAAGGACCAUUACAUUACAUAAAGGAGAAAAUGAAGGUUUAGGAAUUUCAAUAACUGGAGGAAAGGAACAUGGUGUCCCAAUAGUUAUAUCUGAAAUUCAUCCAUGUUUACCUGCUUGGCGAAGUGGAUUACUCUUUGUUGGAGAUGCAAUUCUUUCUGUUAAUGGCAUUGAUUUAAGAAAUCACAGGCAUAUGGAAGCAGCUAAAAUUCUUUCAAGUCAGGUAGGAGAAAUUACAUUAGAAGUGGUGUUUGUUGCACCAGAUGAAGAACUAACUGAUGAACAUGGAGCUUCUGAAAUAAACUUUAGUUAUCCAUUCUAUGACCAUCAGACAACUAGUCAACUUGCAAUGUUGUUGAAUAAAAACAUGGCAGAUAAAGGAACAGAUCCCAUAGAUAUAGAAAACUCAAUAGCUCAUCAGAGUUCCUGUAACAAUUCCUUAGAUAUAUGUAAUGACUCUCCAAAGUGUGUAGAUUCUAGAAAUUCUGACUGUGAAGUAGCAAAAGCAUGUUUAUCAAAACAGCUGUCUGCAAGUUCUACUGAAUCCAUAGCAAAAGAAAAUAUUAUAGAUGCAAUAAUUCCUAAUCGAAAAGUCCUAAAUAAUAUGUGGCGCUCUUUGAUGUCUGAAAAAAACAAAAGCCAGGAAUGAAAAUGAACAAACUGAUGGUGAAACUUGAGGACCGAAAAGUCUGCAGUUUAUCAAAGCUGUCUGGUUGAGAUGAUUGUUUCGGUAACUUCUUAGCUUUCACAUAAAGCUUUACUUAAUUAAAAAAAAUAUAUAUUUACAUAUUUAAGUUGAGACAUUUGCCUCAACAAUUCUCUUUCUAUAAACCGUUUUACAGAAUCUCAAUCAAUAUGCCUUUCAGAUUAUUUUUCUGGUAUGUGCUUUGGGGAAAAUUUAUCAGAAAAAUAACUGUUUUGAUGGACAUAAAAGUGUAGAAGUUAUAGAAAGUAAUAAACAUAACGAAUGCUGAAUGUUGAGUUUGUUACAUAAUCAAAUAUUUGGGAAGAUAAGGCAUUUAUGUGAGUUGUUACCAUGUUCUGAGUGCUUUGAAUCAAAUAAAAAAAGUUAUAUGUUAACAUGUUUAUGCAUUGUAUCAAAUUUAUAAACGAUUCCUAAUUUUUAUAAUUCUGUAUAAUUUUAUCACUUUUGGUUUUAUGUAAAAAUAAAGUAUUACUUUUUUUAAA